AUGCAACUGAAUCAAAGAAUCUUUUUAGCUCUUUCCCUCAUAUUUUAUAAUCUAGCAAGACUAGCAAAUGCUACUGCUUCAACUUUUACAACAGAACAUGAUUCAAAAAACUCUGUUUCCUUUAUCUCAUGGAAUUCUGAAUCGUCAUCAGUAGAAGAUGAAUCCAUCAAUGAGCAAAAUAUUGAAGAAUUCCUUAAUGAUAAGGUGUCCUUACAAAACCCAAUAGUAAUCUAUCAAUUCACGAACUUCCAUUUACUACAACAAUUAUUACAACCAUCCUCAUCAUCCUACCCAUUCUUAACCAACUUCUUCGAAUCGGGAAACCUACAAGAAAUGCAAACACCUUCAUCAUUUGAACCUUCCAUGAUCAGCGAUGAUAUCUCCGAAAAAAACUUAACAAGAUUCAAUAUCGACACGUUACCAAGCACCGCAGGUGAUUUAUUAUUCAAUAAUGAAGAAAUAGAAUCAAGCUCUAUCGUUUGGUUCCAAUUCAAUGACGAUUCAUACGAUUUGAAUACACUGGAUGAAUUCUUGGAAUCUACGAUUAUCUUCUUGAAUGAAAACACUUCUAACGAUUGCAAAUUUAACGUUUUCUUGAACAGUUUGGACUACGCUGAUAAUGAUGAGGAUUUGAAAAUUAAUGAAUUGGCUCAAUUAUAUCAUAAGAGAGUUUCUCAAGAUAUUGAGGCUUUAAAGCAUGAAGAAUUAAAAAAGAAGAAGAAUAAUAGUAAGGAAGACGGCAAAGAUGAUGAUGAUAAAUUGAGUAAGAUUUGGACGGAAGGUUUAAUCAUGUGUUUAAUCGUUUCUUUGUUAUUACUUAUCAUAUUGAUCAUGGCCAUUUCUUGGGUUUCUGAUAUAGGAAUCAGUUAUGGGGCUUUGGAAACAACUACUAAUCCACUAAAGAAGAAUAAUUAG